AUGAGUCCCAUAUCGUUUCAAAUUACACCGCAAAGCGGACAGCAUCCACUGAUUGUGUUGAUCAAUCCAAAGAGCGGCGGCCGGCAAGGCUUGAGAAUCCUGCGCAAAUUUCAGUAUUUGCUCAAUCCUCGGCAAGUGUACAACAUUGCCACGCAAGGUCCCUUUCAGGGCCUGAGCUUCGCCAAAGACACGCCCAACUUUCGGGUGCUCUGCUGCGGCGGCGACGGCACCGUCGGCUGGAUUCUCGACACCAUCGACAAGAUGAACUUCACCACCGGCGUGCCGCCCAUCGCCAUUCUGCCGCUCGGAACGGGCAACGACCUGGCGAGGUGUCUGCGCUGGGGCCCCGGCUACGACAAUGAGAGUCUGAAUAAGAUUCUGAAGAAGGUGGAGGCGAGCAGUGUGGUGAUGCUUGACCGGUGGAAGAUUGAGGUCAGUAGCAGUGAAAACAGCAAAGAGGACGGGGACCCAGUGCCAAGCAACAACAUCUUCAACAACUACUUUAGCAUCGGAGUGGACGCCUCAAUUGCCUUCAAAUUUCACCUUGAAAGAGAGAAACACCCGGAAAAGUUCAAUAGUCGUGCACGAAACAAGAUGGUGUACUUUGAGUUUGCCACCUCGGAGACCUUUUCGGCGUCUUGCAAGAACCUCCACGAGGAUGUUGAUAUAAUGUGUGACGGCGUUCAGCUAGACCUGAAGAACGGCCCUUCUUUGCAGGGCAUCGCCGUGCUCAACAUCCCUUCCAUCUACGGCGGCUCCAACCUGUGGGGUGACAACACCAAAAAGCAACGUAAACAGCACAAGAAGGCAGCGCCGGCCAAGAAAAAGUCGCACGCCUCCAGCAUCAACAUUGACCUCGCCAAUGCCGUCCAGGACAUUGGCGACAAGUACAUCGAGGUGAUCGGCCUCGAGAACUGCAUGCACAUGGGCCAGGUGAAAGCCGGCUUGAGGGCGUCAGGGCGGCGGCUGGCCCAGUGCAGCAAUGUCGUCAUUAGAACUCGCAAAAAGUUCCCCAUGCAAAUUGACGGCGAGCCGUGGUUCCAGCCUCCAUGCACAAUUCAAAUCACGCACAAGAAUCAAAUGCCAAUGCUGCAGGCAGCCUCACCGCCGCCCAAGCCGCGCUUUCCACUGUCAAUCUUUCGAAGCCUCCAUGCACAGUAUGUCAAAAAUUCAAAUCACGCACAAGAAUCAAAUGCCAAUGCUGCAGGCAGCCUCACCGCCGCCCAAGCCGCGCUUUCCACUGUCAAUCUUUCGAAGCGUUGA